UAUUGCAAAGGCCGAACUCCUCUGGUCUGAGAUUAUAAUCAGUUGGUAAUUAUUCCAGGUGUGCCCAUCUGGCCUCCCAAGUCUUUGAGAACCAGAAGUCUGGUCGGCCGGUGGGGUGAAGGAGCAUAGGGAAGCAAUGGCACCACCUUGUGGACUGCCUGCUCUGAACCGGCAGAGGCAGAGCUGAGGUUGGGCUGUCACCUGCCCUUGGGCUUGGGUCCCUCCCUCUGUAAAGCCACUGAGGGUGGAUGUUUGAGCAUCAGCCUUGGGUGUGGUGGAUGAUCCACACAUGCUUCCCAGAUCCAGUGCUGAGUGCGGUGCCCACUGAGGUGGCUUCAUGGCCAGGCCAGGCCCCUGUCUUCCGCACCAGCACCCUGCCUCCCAGCCUGUCUCAAUGCCUGAAAUACCCCGGAUCAUUCCUGCUUCAGAUUAAACACAGAUGGCGCUUAACCAGACAUUUCUCUCUGCUGCAGCUGACAUGGGAGGGGUGAGGCGCUGGGCAUUUGCUAUCCCAAGGGAUGCUGGGGGCAAGGGCUUAGCCAGCAAGUCACCCCAUCCACUCUAAACCCAUUGCUCUACAAACACAGCUUCAGGAGAAGCCCCUAGCUCUUCUCUCCUACCACAUGGCAACCCCAACAGUCUCGUCUUUGAAAAGUCCAAGGCCUCCAGUGCAUUGAGUCAUGACUGGUAAGCAAUACAUCAUCCACACGGUGCCUGGAUAUCCCAGAGGCGUCUGUUCGAGUGGAACAGAAGAUGAGAGGGGUGACCUACAUGGCAUGUUGGAGUUUACAGUCACAGCAGUGGAGGAUGCAUGAGAUGAGGACAACAGUGAGGGGAGGGGCUUAGAGAGGAGUAAAGGUGCGAAGCCACCCUAGGCCUACUUCAUCCAUUUCAGGGGGUCGGCCCGACUUAUGCUCAAAGUGGUGGGAAGGGCUUUUCUCAGUACACUGUGGUCCCCAGAAAAGCAUCCCAGGCAAGCAUCAUCUCUUGCUGCCUGAAAAGGUACAUUCUGGUUAUCACAGGCAUCAGGAACUGCCUGGAUCCCCAGAACCGGUGGCAGAGAGCAGAGAGUAAGUCUGGGCCAUAGGGAAGAGGUAGUAAGAAGGAGUGAAUAGCUGGGGGUCCCGAGGACAGUUACAGGCCUACAUGAGCUCUGUCUGGUCUGCCCGCUGGAACAGCAGGCAGCCUUGGCUCCCCCCGCCCGGUGCGGCUCCAGGUUCCUCCAGUGCAGAAGGAGGAGUCAAGGUCAAUUUCCCAUCCCAAGAGGCAGGCGGAGCAGGUUCUUUUACCUCCAGGUGAAGGGGGCUUUUAUACAGAGGCACCGACUCACGUAGCAGGCAAAGUGCCCCUAUUCAAGGUCACCUCUGUCCCCCCCCCAGCUUCAGUGGGGAACAAAAGGGGAGAGCCCUUCACCAAAGAAAUGGGUGGGGAGCUCAGUGCUGGGGAAUGAUUGCCAGUGGGGUCCUUACAGCCCACAGAUCCUCGAGGCAGCCAAGUCCUUUCCCAUCCAGCCAGAGGGGAGAGAGCUCUCUGGUCAGCACCCCAGGCUACACAGCUGUGUCCCCGGGGCAAAUCUUGGUGUCUUCAGCUGUCCCAGAGAGAUGGUCACAGAGCCCUCCUCAAGGUUCCAGAGUCAUCACAGUGGACUCUGGCAGGGCCAGGCCAACUCCCCAUGUGGAGGCUGCCCAGCUGAGUAGCUUCAGCUGUGCAAGGCCACAAAGGCCAGGCAUUCAUGGUGGGGCCUUCAAAGAGAAACUCUCCCCUGCUCCUUCUUCCAGUUGACUUGAUACCUUUCAAAGGAACCUUGGUGCCCGAAUUCACUGUUGUGUUAAAGUCAAGGUCUGCAGCUAGAGCUGUUUAAGGAGACCACCUGGUGACCUGAGGGGGUCCCAGACCCCUGGGGGAGUUUUACCAGUGAGCACCACCAAGACCCCUUCCAACCUGGCUGCCUUCACCUCUGUAGGUAUCUACAGACCUUGAGGCCCUCACUCUUGGAUUUCUGUAUGGUUUGAAUUCAGGGGACAUCUUUGACGGGGGGAGCAUCGUACCCCUGACCAUCAGCUCCAUCCCAGCAGUACAAUCCCUGCUAGAAGAGCCAGAGUGCUGCCAAGCCAUAGCUCUCCUGACAUUCCUGAGUCCUCAGUAGAGUGACAGUGACAUUUCUCUCCAGAACCCACCUGGCAUGUAGGGUGCCCCGCUGCCUUCCCCGGCUCACCUUACGGGCCCACCAGACAGAUAUCUGAAACUGCAUGGAGUUCUCCUGCCUUCAAAGACCCAGAGGAUGGAUCCCAGGUGCUGAGCUGAGAUUACUCACAACCCCAGAGCCCUCUGAGCUUCUGGGGGCCUUGUUUCUUACCCGGUAUAUCUGAUCUGACAUGCAGCCAGCAGAGGGCCUUCUUAAAGGGUCUCUCUUUGUAAGUGAUUUCUCUGAACUGGAGGGGAAGGACCGGACAUCCUCUGGCUCCAUUGAUGCCAAUAGUAAAGGUCUGACUGCAGUUGCUUACUUCUUACCCUCCUGGCAGGUUUGGGCUUAAGUUUAAGACACACUGGGCAGCAGCUUCUUUUUCUCAUCUUACUGCCAAAGGUGUCAUUCCCUGGAGGCACUUGAAAGGGGGUUGGGUUGGAAUCGCUUAAUCUCUUCCAGUGGAGCUAGUGGGUAUAAAGCCAAAUGUUACUACCCACGCAUUAACUCCCAUGUUAGGGCUUUUUGCCCUUGGGCAGAGCUCCCCCACCAGCCAAUCCAAGGUAUGAGAGUGGUGUGACUUCAUAUACACAGUUGGGUCACCUCUAGACCCUGGACAAUUCCCUUCUCCUAUCUACUGAGAAGGGAGUCCAGUUGGCUGUCCCUGCCUACAGGCAGGAGGGUCAAAUUCUGCUUUGCCCCUUACUCUGUCUUCCCUAAAGCCUUUCCCAGAUAGCCCCAGCCCGCAAUGACCUCUCCCUUCUCUGAACCGCUGGGCUCAUUGUCGGAAGCUGCAUCACUUGCCUCUGCUGUGGGACCAAACAGCACCCCGGUCCUCACGCUGGGCUCUGUAGAACACCAGGGGCUAGAGUCAGACAUCACGGGUCCUGAGGGGAUAAUGUGAGAGGGGGCACAGGUGGCCCAGAGAGCCCACUCCGGCCAGAUCUCACUCAGUAGGUACCCAAACUAGGUUCAAAUCCCCUUUCAGGCACUUAUUGGCUGGAUGACCUUGAUAAAACUGCUUGACCUUUCUGAACCUCUGUUUCCUCAUCUGCAAAAUGGGUACUAUAGUAAUAGCUACCUCAGGGUAUGAUUCAAUGAAUUCAUGAAGCAAGGUUUUUAGCACAGUCUCUGACCAGAGUUAGCCUUCAAUAUAUGUAAACCAUUGUUACCAAUUAAAUUAUUUUUAUAUGUUUUAAAUAUUGGGUCUGUGGAUAAAUUUCAUUUGGAGGAGAAAGUUUGCUGCUUAAAAAAAGAAAAAGAAGGUUUGAAAGCCGCUGAAUUUCACCUAACCCAUUUCAUACAUCACUACACGCAGUACAGCUGAGAGGCAUAAGAACUUUCUGUCCUCUGUUUUCAUAGCCCAAGUUGGCCGAGACCUGGUCUCCCAGACGGAGGAGAAGCUCCUGCAGAAGCCAUGCAAAGAACUCUUUUCUGCCUGUGCACACUAGAUCUGUCCACGACUACCUGAGGGGAGAACCAUUCCACGAGUAUCUGGACAGCAUGUAUUUUGACCGCUUUCUCCAGUGGAAGUGGUUGGAAAGGCAACCGGUGACCAAAAACACUUUCAGGCAGUAUCGAGUGCUAGGAAAAGGGGGCUUCGGGGAGGUCUGUGCCUGCCAGGUUCGGGCCACGGGUAAAAUGUAUGCCUGCAAGCGUCUGGAGAAGAAGAGGAUCAAAAAGAGGAAAGGGGAGUCCAUGGCCCUCAAUGAGAAGCAGAUUCUCGAGAAGGUCAACAGUCAGUUUGUGGUCAACCUGGCCUAUGCCUACGAGACCAAGGAUGCACUGUGCUUGGUCCUGACCAUCAUGAAUGGGGGCGACCUGAAGUUCCACAUCUACAACAUGGGCAACCCCGGCUUCGAGGAGGAGCGGGCCUUGUUUUACGCGGCAGAGAUCCUCUGCGGCUUGGAAGACCUCCACCGUGAGAACACUGUCUACCGAGAUCUGAAACCUGAAAACAUCCUGUUAGACGAUUAUGGACACAUUAGGAUCUCAGACCUGGGCUUGGCUGUGAAGAUCCCUGAGGGAGACCUGAUCCGUGGCCGGGUGGGCACCGUUGGCUACAUGGCUCCAGAGGUCCUGAACAACCAGAGGUACGGCCUGAGCCCUGACUACUGGGGCCUGGGCUGCCUCAUCUACGAGAUGAUCGAAGGCCAGUCACCGUUCCGCGGCCGCAAGGAGAAGGUGAAGCGGGAGGAGGUGGACCGCCGGGUCCUGGAGACCGAGGAGCUGUACUCCCACAAGUUCUCCGAGGAGGCCAAGUCUAUCUGCAAGAUGCUGCUCACAAAAGAUGCGAAGCAGAGGCUGGGCUGCCAAGAGGAGGGGGCUGCAGAGGUCAAGAGACACCCCUUCUUCAGGAACAUGAACUUCAAGCGCUUAGAAGCUGGGAUGUUGGACCCUCCCUUCAUUCCAGACCCCCGAGCCGUGUACUGUAAGGACGUGCUGGACAUUGAACAGUUCUCCACUGUAAAGGGCGUCAACCUGGACCACACGGACGACGACUUCUACUCCAAGUUCUCCACGGGCUCUGUGUCCAUCCCGUGGCAAAAUGAGAUGAUAGAAACAGAAUGCUUUAAAGAGCUGAACGUAUUUGGACCUAACGGUACCCUCUCACCAGACCUGAACAGAAGUCACCCUCCGGAACCCCCAAAGAAAGGGCUGCUCCAGAGAAUCUUCAAGCGUCAGCAUCAGAACAAUUCCAAGAGUUCACCCAGCUCCAAGACCAGUUUUAACCACCACAUAAAUUCAAACCACAUCAGCUCGAACUCCACCGGAAGCAGCUAGUUUCCGCUCUGGCCCUGAAGUCCGCAGUGGAACCAGCCCAGACCCCUCUACUUAGAAGCGGAGCGAGUGGAGCUUCUGCUCUGGUGGGGGUGCCAGGGAGCCCCCAGGAACCGGGGAAGGAGGCCGUCCAUCCCGUCGACGUAGAACCUUGAGGUUUCUCAAAGAAAUUUCCACUCAGGUCUGUUUUCCGAGGCGGCCCCGGCCGGGGUGGAUUGGAUUUGUCUUUGGUAAACAUUGCAAUAGAAAUCCAAUUGGAUACGGCAACUUGCACGUAUUUUAAUAGCGUCCUAAUUAGAACUGAAUUUUGUCUUUAUUAUUUUUAAAGAAAAGUUUUGUAAAUUUCUCUACUGUCUCCGUUUACAUUUUGUAUAUUUGUAUUUAAAUGAAAGUCAGACUUUGAGGGUGUAUAUUUUCUGUGCAGCCACUGUUAAGCCAUGUGUUUCAAGACGUUUUAGCAGGGAGGGGUUUACCAAAAAAAAAAAAACAAAACAAAAAUGUGACUCAAGACUUCCAGAGCCUCAAAUGAGAAAAUGUCUUUAUUAAAUGUAGAAAGUGAUUCACACCUCACCUUUAAAGGGUUGGUUGUAUUUACCCA